GACGAUCGCUGUCGCUCGCCAAGGGAUGACGACUAGUAUCAUUUGCACUUCUCCACGCCCUUUAACAUGUAUCCAUCCACGUCGCUCACCAGACUUGCUAUUCAGACCUCACUAACCGUCUUGAUAUGCGGCCCAUUCUAUCUGCCCUACACUAAGUCUAAGGAGCUACGGCAAGCUCGAGCGACAACAGGAGGUAAAAGGUCCACGGUUCAUGUUCAGAUUUCGAAGCCAACGGGCUAAUUUGUCAUUGACUAUGGGGACAGGAAAUAGCUAUCAACAAGACGUUUAGGCGCUCG